AUGGUUGAACCAAACCAGGAGUCACGUAAAUGGGUUGGCUAUCCUUCCCCCAAAGAAGGUCCCGAUAUACCUUUUGUAAGGGCGGAUGACAAGAAUCCUGCAUUUCGAGGAUUGCUUUUGAUGGUGGUUGGAUGGCUUGUUUCCAAAAUUGGGUUCAUUCAAGGACCCCUCUGGCGUAAUGCGAAAAUGGAUGCGUUGAGGAAUAUCAAAGGAUUGGACGAUUAUUAUGAGAGGUGGGAUCCUACGGUAAUUCCUCUCGCGAUCAAUACACCGACCAUACCAACUUCAGAUGAUUUGGACAUCAAAUCUGUUCCUGUCGUCCCAGAAGAUUCGGCUGAACGAUAUCAUUCGGUGGCUGAAUACCAUGCCCUUUAUCGCACCGGAAAAUUAACCCCACUAGCUGUUGCGGAAUCACUUCUUCCACUAAUUCGACGAGACAUCAGUCCACUAGGAGCUCAUUCCGUUGCAUUUACUGAUAGCAAUACUGAAGAAAUACUCGAAGCUGCGAAAGCAUCAACUUUGCGGUACCAACAAGGCAAUCCUUUGAGUAUACUCGAUGGAGUUCCCAUCGGUAUCAAAGAUGACAGUGAUGUCACAGGAUAUAGAAGUCACCAAGGACGUAAAAAAAAUGAUUCAGUCUUCCCCACCGCGGAAAAGUCUACUUGGAUCAUUCAGCAAUGGGAAAAGUCUGGUGCUCUUAUUGUGGGAAAGUUGAAUAUGCACGAGCUUGGAGCGGAUACUACAAAUAACAACCCCAAUUGGGGAACUCCGAGAAAUCCACACAAUGACCAGUAUUAUCCCGGUGGCUCCUCCGGAGGGCCUGCGUAUGCUGUUUCUGCCGGGUUGAUUCCCUUCGCUCUCGGUUCAGAUGGGGGCGGAAGCAUUCGCAUUCCAUCCUCUUUCUGUGGUGUCUAUGGUCUGAAACCUUCACAUGCACGGGUUGAGGAUACCGGUAGCACCGUUACUGUAAAUGGUCCUCUUGCAGCAACUAUGGCGGAUCUCGAAGUGGCUUAUCGAGUCAUGGCAAAGCCUAAUCCAUCCGAUCCGAUUGCCGCGCUCUUCAAUCCACCAGAACCUCUCCGCACUGCACGCCCAAAGGUUAUCGGAAUUUAUAAAGAUUGGUUCAAUCGAGCUGAACCAUCGGUCCAAGCUCUGUGUACCAAAUUUGUGAACCACUGUGAGAAAUCUCUUGGGUACACAAUUGUCCCAAUCACAAUUCCAUACUGUCCUGAAGGUCAACUUGCUCACGCCAUGACUAUUCUUGCGGAAAUGGCCUCACGGGCAAAGACUCGUCCAUUCUCAUCAUCGAAUUGGUUACAGGAUGUCACUCCUUCAAACAAGAUCCUUCUUACAAUGGGUGAAUAUACCCCAGCUCGAGAUUACCUCCUCGCUCAACAACUACGCAAUCUUCUUAUGCAGCAUCUAUCUUUCCUCUUUCAAGAGCACCCCGGUCUCAUCAUCGUCACUCCCACUACACCAAUUCUAGGAUGGGAGAUAGAACAUGAAGGAGAUUUACAACACGGAGCAUUUGAUCCAAAUAAAAGUCUCAGGAAUAUGGAAUACGUAUGGUUAGCUAAUUUCACAGGUCUUCCAAGUAUCAAUUGUCCGGUUGGGUAUGUAGAUCCGAAGAAAGGUGAAGGAAAUAUUCCGGUGGGGAUAAUGGGGUGUGGGGAGUGGGGAGGCGAAGAAGCGCUGAUUGAAUUUGGGAAGGAGGCUGAGGCUUGGUUGGGGAAGGAAUAUGAAGGGGGUGGGAGGAAAUUACCAAGGGGUUGGGUGGAUGUUGUGAAGGUGGCAGAGGGGAAUUAA